AUGACCCAGGCCACGAAAGAUGCAGCCAAAUUUCUGAAGAGCACACUUCGGCUGCCCUCCUCCACGUUUCCUCCUCGCCCAAAGCCCGCAGAUAUCGCCAAAUACCUUCCAAGAUGUGCAGAUGACCUCUACGCCUGGCAGCGCCAAGAACGGCCUGCUGCGAACACUUUUGUCCUCCACGAUGGACCGCCUUACGCCAACGGAGAUCUGCACGUCGGACACGCGCUGAACAAGAUCCUCAAAGACAUCAUCUGCCGCUCUAGGCUCGCCGAAGGCAGACGGGUUGACUACGUGCCUGGUUGGGACUGCCACGGUUUGCCGAUUGAGCUAAAGGCUCUUGAACAGCAUGGCUGGCAGCGCGGACAAGGCGUCGACCCCGUGGCGAUCCGCAAAGCCGCGAGAAAGUUCGCUUACAAGACGGUGGAAAAGCAGAUGGCUGGCUUUCGGUCGUGGGCUGUGAUGGGUGAUUGGCAAAAUCACUGGAAAACCAUGGACAAGAGCUUUGAAAUGCGGCAGUUGGCGGUGUUUCAGGCUAUGGCGCAGCAUGGGUUGAUAUACCGAAAGCACAAGCCAGUGUAUUGGUCGCCCUCCUCUGGGACUGCUCUAGCCGAAGCGGAGCUUGAAUAUCAGGACGACCACGUCUCAACUGCGGCAUUGGUGAAGUUCCCCUUAGACACAUCUGAUCUCUCAGGGGAUGGACUAGUCAAUGCGGUAAUAUGGACUACUACGCCCUGGACGCUUCCGGCAAAUCAAGCAAUAGCCAUUCAUUCCGCCUUGCAGUACAGCCUCGUCAAAUCAGAGACUCACGGACUUUUGAUCGUGGCACGUGCCAGAGUGUCCUAUUUGGAGGAGACCAUAGGAGAGCAUGUACAGGUCGUCUUGGACUCUGUCCCUGUUGACAAGCUGCUGCAAAGUACCUAUUCGGGCUUGAGCCAGUUUGGAAAUGGAGCAGCGAAUAGGCCAUUCGUUCACGCAGACUUCGUGUCAGCCCAGAGCGGUACCGGUCUCGUUCACUGUGCUCCUGGUCAUGGUAUGGAGGACUAUGAAGCUCUGCAACCAUUGAUCCAAGCCUCAAAGGUGUCUGUGCGAGCGCCGGUAGACAACCUAGGUCGUUUCAAUGACACGGCCUCUCCCAAUGAUCCCAGCCUUUUGGCUGGAAAAGACGUAUUCGGAGAGGGAAACAAGGCGAUCUUGGAGCUGUUGCAGGAAAGUGGGCUGCUCGUCCACCAGCACGCAUACAAACACAAGUACCCGAUAGACUGGAGGACCAAAGAGCCCGUGAUCAUCCGCGCAACGGCUCAGUGGUUUGCCGAUAUUUCCGAGAUCAAAACUGACACCAUGCACGCGCUCGACACUGUACGCUUUCUGCCUGAGACAGGUAGAAGCCGCCUGCGGAGCUUUGUGGAGAACAGGAGCGAAUGGUGUAUCUCGCGGCAGCGAGCCUGGGGGGUUCCUAUACCGGCAAUCUACCAUAAGACCACGGGUGAAGCUGUCUUGACGCCGGAGAGCAUUGGACAUAUCAUUAGAGUCAUUGACGACCGAGGAAUCGAUGCGUGGUGGUCUGACGCACCCGACGAUCCACGCUGGAUCCAUCCGGGCUUGUCAUCCUCUCCAGGCUCUUCAGAAUACGUUCGUGGCAUGGAUACAAUGGACGUGUGGUUCGACAGCGGCACGAGCUGGACGUUGAUGCUUCAAGAUACCAAAGGGUCGGUCGAACUCCGACCUCAAUCUGCACCACUGGCCGACAUUUAUGUCGAAGGCACCGAUCAGCACAGAGGCUGGUUCCAGUCAAGUUUACUCACCAACGUGGCAUACCAGAAAUCUCUGCACCCAACUGCCGCCUCGAAUAUACCGUCAUGCCAUGCCCCGUUCCGCAUUCUCGCUACCCACGGCUUCACCUUGGAUGAGCACGGUAAGAAGAUGAGCAAAUCACUCGGCAACGUCAUUGCUCCUGCUCAGAUCAUUGCUGGCAUCGAACCGGCCUCGAAGACAGCCCCCGUUACUGCGAAGGCAUCACAGCAGACCAAGGGAAAGCGGGAGCAUCAUCCUCUCGGACCCGAUGCGCUGAGAAUGUGGGUUGCAAGUAGCGAGUGGACCAAGGACGUUGUGAUCAGCGACAAGGUCGUUAGUUCUGUCCACAACGCACUCGACAAGUACCGCCUUACAAUGAGGAUGUUACUGGGCAUGUUAAGCGAUUUUGAUCCACGGAUGCUCGUCCCGUAUGAGAAAAUGUCUCGGCUGGACCAGAUGGCAAUGCUGCAGCUAUACGUCGUCUGCCAUUCUACACGAAAGGCGUAUUCGGAUCUAGAGCUUCACAAAGCCGCAUCCUCCAUCCAUAAAUGGGUUACGACGGAUUUGUCCAGCUUCUACUUUGAAGCCAUCAAAGACAUCAUUUAUUGUGACACGCCCACAAGUGAAAGGCGAUUGAGUGCUCAGACAGCGCUACAUCAUAUUUUGUGUCAAUUACAGACUCUGCUUGGACCGAUCACACCACUUUUGGUGGAGGAAAGCUGGGAACACAGCCCCGAGAGCUACAAAUCUGCGCUUGACCACCCACUGAAGCGGAUAUGGACCUACCCUCCAGAAGAAUGGUACGACAAUGCUCUGGAGUGUGUGAUACCAACGGUGAUGGCUAUCAACUCGAGCGUCAAAGCCGCACAAGAAGCGGCUCGCAAGGACAAACUCAUGGGACAGUCGCUGGCGUCAGAUGUCACGAUCCAUCUUCGGGAAGGUAUUGAUUUGUCCAAUGUGCCGAGAGACACUCUGAGAGAAAUCCUGGUGGUGUCGGAAGUGGAAAUAGUGAAGCAGGGCGUUGUUGAAAUUGUCUCUGGUCAAGAAUGGAUACGCUCGAGCGAUAUCGUGUCGCCCGAAGGGCAGACACUGGGGAUCGCCCAUGUCACGAGCCCUCGUGGUGGAAAAUGUGCUCGAUGCUGGAGAUAUGUGGUUCAACCAGAAGCAUCACAGGAACCAGAAGAACCACAAGAUACCGAAAAGCUACCCCUCUGUGUACGAUGUACAGACGCCGUUGCGGAACAUCAAAAGUAG